CCACCCCUCCCUCCACCUCCUAUCCAGGCUCUUGUUUUUCUAUUUAUUUCGAUGUAACACCCUCUAAAUACACGACAAUGCCUCCUUCUCGAGUAACAGCAAUCCUCCUCUUUCCGCGCGCGACCCUCUCUCCCUCCCCUUCAACCUACCGGAGCAUCUCAACACAACCCCUCCGACCACAAUUACACUCACGCCAACAACAACAACAGCGGCCCUCAAAACCAUCUAUAUCCUCCUUCUCAACCAGCAACCCAGCCCGAGCCCACGAACCAAACUUCUACGAAAUCCUCGACGUCACCACAACCGCAUCAGCAGCGGAGAUAAAGAAACAAUUCUACGCCCUCUCAAUGCGCCACCACCCAGACCGCAACCGCACAGACCCAGACGCAAGCCAACGCUUCGCCCGCAUAUCCGCCGCCUACAACGUCCUCGGCAACGUCUCAAAGCGCGCAGUCUAUGACCGCGACCACGGCUUCCACGUCACGCAACACGCAGGCCAAAGUCACAGCCACCAACACCCGAUGGGCAGCCACAGCAGCUACGCCGGCUCACGGCCCGCCAGCGGGCUGAGCAAGCGGCGCUCGACAUUCCACGGUCCGCCGCCUAGUUUCUACGAGCAGGGUGGGUAUGGUGCUACGGGGAGACAGGGGCAGGGAUGGGCGGCUAGCAGCGGUAGUGGUACUGGGUCGGAAUUCGGGGCUGGCGCUGGCGCUGGCGCUGGCGCGAAACAUGCUGAUCCUGAGGAUUGGGAGGGGUUUAUUCAUCGUAAUCCGUUGAAUCAUUUUAAUGCUCAGGGUCAUUUCCGCACGCAGGCGGCGGAGGAUAGGAGGAGGAGGGAAAGGAGGAGGGAGGCGAGGAGGAUUGAUGAGGAUCGGGCUGCGCGCGAGCCUGGGGUUGAUCAGACGAUUUCGAGGUUCUUUCUUUGCUCGGGGUGUUUGAUUGUUAUGCUUGUUGUCGUGGAUCUUUGGCGGUCGGUUCCUAAGGUUGUUGAUGGGAGGAAGACGAAGAAGCAGAGGGAGGCUUUGUCUUCUUGACGGAGUUGUUUUUGCUCUGAUUAAACAUACAUAGAUCCUUGGAUACGUAUAGUUUCUUAGUAUGUACAUACAUAGUUCCAGUACAUUGCUGGUUGAUGUACCCUACUCUUGCAUGGCUACGACACCUCGGGGUGCUCUAGAUCGUAUGACUCGAUCGGAUUGAUCAACAAAGGAAACAGUUGG